GAACCCAGCUACUCAGCGGCCAGAGUAACUUUAGAGUCACUGCCUUGAAAUUUCACCCGAAAGACCACAACGUUUUCGUGUGUGGAGGCUUCAGCUCUGAAAUCAAAGCCUGGGACGUGAGGACCAGCAAGGUGGUGAAAAGCUACAAGGCGACCGUCCAGCAGACCCUGGACAUCCUCUUUCUCCGGGAAGGCUCUGAGUUUCUGAGCAGCACGGAUGCUUCGAGCCGGGACUCUGCCGAUCGCACCAUCAUUGCCUGGGAUUUCCGGAGCUCCGCCAAAAUCUCCAACCAGAUUUUCCAUGAGAGGUACACCUGCCCCAGCCUGGCCUUGCACCCGCGGGAGCCCGUGUUCCUGGCACAGACCAACGGCAACUACCUGGCCCUCUUCUCCGCCGUGUGGCCCUACCGGAUGAGCAGAAGGCGGCGCUACGAAGGACACAAGGUGGAGGGCUAUGCGGUGGGCUGCGAGUGCUCCCCCGACGGAGACCUGCUGGUGACAGGCAGCGCAGAUGGCCGGGUCCUGCUCUACUGCUUCCGCACGGCGAGCCGGGCACGCACGCUGCAUGGGCACACGCAGGCCUGCGUGGGCACCACCUUCCACCCUGUACUGCCCUCCAUCCUCGCCACCUGCUCCUGGGAGGGGGACAUCAAGAUCUGGCACUGAGCCUCCUGCUGCAGAGCCUUCUGGACGGAUGGAUGGACAUGGGCCUGGCCCGGCUCCCCUUCUGGGUGGGUGGAACUAAAUACUUGAGGUCACUCCUGGGUCAGCCCCAAAGGGAAGCUGCUUUCACCCAUGGGCCUCAGUUUCCUCCUCUGUGAAAUGGGGACGGGACCUUUUGUCUCAGGUUGUCAGGCUGUGUCAGUGAGCCUGGCACGCUGCCCGUGAUGCUCAGUAAACAUGCGAGUCUCGCUGUCUCUUAGGUGAUUUCAGCGAUAAACUGAGGAUAGCAGUUGGACUCAGUAUCACUGUGUGCGGCUGUUCCUCUCGCUGCCCCACUUGCGGCCACUGGAGCUCCAAAACGAGAAUGUGGGAGCUGGAGCCAGGGGCAGCCCCUCUCUUUGUGUCCUGAUGAGGGGUCCUGGGAAAGUAGGGAGCUCUGGGCCUCGGGUCUGUCCUUGGGACCUCUGUGCCAGAGCACGGGAGGCCCACCAGUAUCACAGGGCCCGACCCAGCUUGGCCUGCUCAGGCCCCCUCCCUCCCCACGGAACACGGCCAGCUGGGUCCCGGUCUGCCGCAGCCCGUCAGGUGCGCACUCUGCCCACGCGAGUGCGUCUGCCCGAGUGAAGGAGUGGUAUGGAGAAGCACAGGGCCCUUGGGGAACCUCGAGGGCUCAGGCUGGGAAGGCCCAGCUGUGGGAUCUGGACAGGCUGCUGAGCAUUGAACCCCACCAGGACUAUAAUUGAAGGGCUGCCCCAACAGCCCAAGGGUCCACCAAAGGUGAGGGGGACUACAGGUGCCAUGGCUCAGGGCAGAGGGGUCCCUGCAGCCUUGGAAGGCAUCCUGGAGGAGGCAGGUGGUGAGCUGGUGAGGAGGGCAUCCCAAGCAGGGGAGUCAGUGAGGAAAUGCAGAGAACUGAGGAGCAGACCCAUGGAUGGGGCGGGAGGCACCAGCCUCGCCUCCCUGAACCUGGGUUCCAGGCCCAGGCUGCUGUCAGUGUAGCCGCCCCGAGUUCGUUUCUUUUCCACACUGGUCACCUUGAACCGACCAGAGCUCUGACCCUCAUGGGGCGGGGAGACAUCCAGGGCUCCCCAGAAGCCACAGUGGUUGUUCUCAGUGCUGCUCCGUGGGCUGCAUCACCUCAGGGCCUGAGGUGCCAGCUGGCUGCACGGCCUCCCCUGGGCUAGGUGACUGUUGGGAAGGGUGGCAGGUGUACUCUAUGCCUCUACCUGUUGCUUUUUCUAAACACUUUCUUCCAAAGAGCAUCCUUAAAGGCUCGCUCUGGCCCCUCCACAAGGUGCUGGGAGUUCACUUGCAAUUUUAAAAUAGGAGCUAAAUUUAGAAAGUGUGGAGCAGGGAUGAAAGAGAAGUGUGGGCUGUGCCUGCACCACCCACCUGGGCUGGCCCAACUUUGCCGCGCUCAUCCAUCUGAACCGCCGAUCCGAGGCCAUCGUGGGGGAAGAACACAUCACCUGGAGAUGCCAACGUGGCUGCGUGUGCUGCCAGGCCUGGCCAUGGCUGUGGCUGUGGUGAGUGGAGCUCAUGCUCGUAGCCCCGGCAGGUGGGCACGAUCACCUCUGUCCAGUUGAAACCGCUGCUCUGAGGACAGAGGGACGCACCCAGGGCCAUCUGACUCCAGAGCCUGUGCCCUUCCCUCCCUCGGGACCCCCUCUGGCCCAGCCUGGGGCUCUGUGUGGGACUGUUACCCGUGUAGGGACCCCUGGGAACUUCAUCGUCCCUGUUCUUAGGCUCCAGACGGGGAACUGGACCAGAGGCGCCUGGGACUUUCCCAGAGCCACACGGCCAGCUAGUGGCAGAGCCCACUGUGCACUGCCCCACGGGGUGGAAGAGGAACAUACGUGGGCGG